AUGGGCGCCAAGUCGCCGUCGGGGUUCUACGUGGGCAGGAAGCCCGCCGUGCUGCUGGGGCUGCUGCUGGCCGCCCUGCUCGUGGCGCUGCUGGUGCUGGCCGUCCUCUACCGACGCAGCCUGCAGGAGCUGGCCGACGAAAGGGCGCCCGUGCACUACUCGCUGCUGCUGUGGCCCCACCUGGCGCCGGGCCUGCCCGAGCCGCGCACCUUCUCCGGCCGGGUGAACAUCACCGUGCGCUGCCGCCAGGAGACCGCCACCGUCCUCUUGCACAGCCACCAGCUGACCUUCCGCGGCGCCGCCGUCUGGGGGCCCCUGGACGGGCCCCGCAGCGGCCCCAACGCCAGCCGCCUCCCCCUGGCCGAGCUGUGGCUGGCCGAGCGCCACCAGUUCGCGGUGCUGGAGUUGCGCGGGAAGCUGCGCCCUGGCGCCCUCUAUGAGCUGCGCCUCGCCUUCGACGGCCUCCUGAACGUCGACGGCGGCUUCCGCGGGCUUUUCAGCAGCGCCUACGAAGACCAAGGCGAGCGAAGGUGGUUGGUUGCUUCACUGCUCGAGCCAGCAGAUGCAAGGAGUGUUUAUCCAUGCUUUGAUGAACCUGCCAUGAAGGCUACUUUUAACAUCAGUAUUGUGCAUCAUCCAAGUUAUGUAGCACUUUCUAAUAUGCCUGUUAUAGAUGUUUCUGAAUAUAACAAUGUGAAUGAGAGCAAACUGAGUACAUUAAGUAACUGGACGACAUCGAUUAAUUGGACUGUUACAACAUUUAAAACAACACCGCAAAUGUCAACCUACAUCACUGCCUUUGUGGUCUGUAACUUUGAUUAUGUCACCACAACUGUGAGGGGCAAUGAGAUACGGAUUUGGGCUCAGAAAGACGCAAUUAUGAAUGGAUGUGCUGACUAUGCCUUAAAUAUCACUGGACCAGUCUUUUCAUUUAUGGAAGGCUUUUUAAACAUUACUUAUCCUCUUUCAAAAACAGAUCUGAUUGCGCUUCCUCAUUUGGAAGCAGGUGCUAUGGAAAACUGGGGGCUAAUGACUUUCCAGGAAGAAUUGUUACUAUAUUGCCCACAAGAUAAAUUCACAGGAAAAAAAACUAUGAUUCGCCAGACUGUUUGCCAUGAAGUAGUCCACCAGUGGUUUGGAAACCUGGUUACCAUGGAUUGGUGGAAUGACAUAUGGCUUAAUGAGGGAUUUGCCACUUACUUUGAAUAUCUGUGUUCAUACUACAUUGAACCCAAUGUGCCUCUGAACAAAGCCUUUACCCAUAAUGUUUUAUUACCUAUGCUGGACAUGGAUGCUGAAAUGCCAGUUUGGUCUUUAUCAGACAAAGAAGAAACAGAAGAAACAGUUUCAUUAUAUGAACGAUUUAAUGAACACACAUAUCAGAAGGGGGCUUCCAUUGUCCGAAUGCUUUCCAGCUUUGUAAGUGAAAAACUAUUCAUCAAAGCACUUAAUUCAUACAUGAAUGAGUUUUCAUUUGCAAAUGCCAUCCAGGAUGAUCUUUGGAGUCACAUUCAAAAGAUAGUAGAUGAACAGACUAACCUCCAAUUGCCAGCACCAAUAAAAGUUAUAAUGGACUCUUGGACAUGCCAGCCUGGCUUUCCAUUCCUAACUGUAAAUCUGUCCACUGGGAAUAUCAGCCAGGAGCAGUUUCAUGAUGAAAAAGACAAGAAUGAUACCAGUACUUCCAAUAACACCUGGAUUAUACCGAUUUCUUGGAUAAGAAAUGGAACUGUACAGCCUUUAGUAUGGCUUGAUAAGAAAAGCAAAGUAUUUCCAGAAAUGAAAAUAUCAGAUUCAGAACAUGACUGGAUUAUUUUAAACGUGAAUAUGACUGGUUACUAUAGAGUUAACUAUGACCAAUCCAACUGGCGAACAUUGGCCAAAAUUCUUGAAAGUGACCCAAAGGCAGUUCCGGUGGUCAACAGGUUACAGUUGCUGGAUGAUGCCUUUGUACUGAAACGGUCUGGUCACACUGAAAAUGAUACUCCGCUAUAUUUAACUAAAUACCUUGAAAAAGAAGAUGAAAUCUUAAUUUGGAAUGUGGUAUUGGGAAAGCUAGAAUUUACCAAUGCAAUGAAUAUUCUGAGUGAUUAUGAACUAUAUCCAGUUUUAAAGAAAUUCUUCUUAACGCGAAUUUUCCCAAUAUAUCAUCGUUACGCAAAUCUUCUUCGACAGGGUUUUGAAGUGUUGGCAGUUGACCAUUAUACCAAAGAUGCUAUCGAAAGCCUCUUUAGAACAGCGUGUUUGCUUGGUUUCCACGACUGUUUAGACCUAGCUACUGAAAUCUUCUCCAAGAGGAUGGACAGCCCCAAGAACGAAGUUCCUCUUUGUAUUAGCAGAACCAUUUGUUGCUAUGGUAUUCGAAUGGGUAGGGACAAAGAAUGGGACUUCGCAUGGAAAAUGUACAGUAGUAAUGAUGUUGAAAAAAAUGACAAAUCGGCAAUAUUAUCUGACCUGGCAUGUACCCGUGAGCCAUGGCUACUUCAAAGAUUCUUGCAGUAUACCCUCAACGAUUCAAUAAUUUCGCCAGACCAGGUAUCAGAAGUUAUUGGUUCUGUGGCAGCAACUGAAGUUGGCUACCGGAUAGCAUGGAAUUUUUUAACAGAAAAUUGGUUGGUUUUAAGUAACAGGCAUGGGAACGAACCAUUACUUAGUUUCUUAGAAACUGCACAACAUUUUAUAACUACAGACUUACAUAUCCAAAUGGAAGCAACUAAAAAGCCCCAAGGAAGCAUAUCUGUUCAGCAUUCUUCAUUGCUGGUCCUUGUGCUUUGUGUCUUCUUUCUGCUUUUUGACCCUGGCUCCUGA